AUCUAGCUGGUCUUGCAACAAACAGCAGCCCAGGAGAGACAGAGCAGGCUCUGCAGUAUCAUGAUAGCUCAAGGCAUCUCGAGGCUCAUGAGACCCUUGCUGGGUGGGCUGACUGCCAGCAAAAUUCGUUUGGUUGCUCUCUGUGGGGUGGCUGAGCAGCGUCACACAGCAGCUACACACGGGUCAGAAAGAAGCUUUAGCUCCACACUCAAGCUCCAGGAUGCCCCUGGGGAAUCAAGCUGUGCAGAGCAGGUGACGGUGCACUUCGUAAAUCGGGAUGGAGAGCGGCUUACAGCCACAGCCAAGGAAGGGGAGAGCCUGCUGGAAGUGGUACUCAACCAAAACUUGGCCAUUGAUGGAUUUGGUGCAUGUGAAGGGACGCUGGCCUGCUCCACCUGUCACCUCAUCUUCGAGAAGGACGCCUUCCAAAAGCUGGGUGCUAUCUCAGAUGAGGAGCUGGACAUGCUGGACUUGGCAUAUGGACUCACUGAGACAUCCCGGCUUGGCUGCCAGGUGUGUGUCAAGAAGUGGAUGGAUGGCCUGACGGUGCGGGUCCCCAUGGAUGUGUCGGACAUCAGGAGCGAGCUGGAGGUUGGAAAGCAAAGCAAGCAGUAGCUGGAAACGACUCCUGCACAAAACCCAUCCUCAUUUUAGGUGUGGCAGAGUACUUUUGGUUAACAAUACUGCUUUUUGUGGCUGGCUUGUGCCUGAUUCAGUGUAAGUGCCUGCUGAGCAAAUCUCUUAUUGAAACGAAGCUUCAUUCUAGGGUCUUUGGUACCUGACUUAAGUGCUUAAGUGCUUAAGUGCUCUGCUGAACGCGACUGGACUAAAGCGAGUGGCUGGCUUUACCUUUCCCUGGGUGGGUGACAGCAAACAUCUGUGCUGUGUGACUCACCCUCUCCUUUGAAAUGUAAGGAAUUCUGCUUAUCCUAAGUAACUGCUGGGAAUUUUUGCAAGGCUUGGCUCUCUACACUGCAGAGCAGAUUUUUCCCCGUUUGGGGAGCUUAAGGAAGAGAUUGCUGUUCCAACUAGAAGACAGCAUGCCGACUGGCUUGGUGAUACAGACUGAGUUUGGUUAGGGAGAGCAUGCUGACAGCUGCUGGAAUGCUGACAUUUCCUGAAGGAGGGACCCACAGCCUGUGAAUCUCAGGUGUCACUGAGUUGUUCUGUGCCACGAUCUGAUACUUUCUCCAGACACU